CUCUGGCCUUCCGGAGGACUUGUCGUCGUUGCCCGCGGCCCUUCGCCGCUCUCCUCGGCUCCGGUCGGCGGUGGGCGGGUCUGACGUGUGCAGUGGGCUGCGUCGUUCGGCUCAGCUGUAGCUCGCGGUUGUUAGACCAUGGGGCAGCAGGAUAUGUGGCGGCUCCUGUCCAGGUUCAGCUCACUCAAGAGAGCCAAUGUUAUUCUGCAGCAUCUGAGAAUGUCCAUGCAUACAGAAGCUGCGGAAGUGCUGCUGGAGAGGAGAGGUUGUGCAGGAGUCAUAACGCUGAACAGACCCAAGUUCCUCAACGCUCUGUCUCUGAGCAUGAUCCAGCUGAUCUAUCCACAGCUAAAGAAGUGGGAACAGGACCCUGAGACGUUCCUGAUCAUCAUAAAGGGAGCUGGAGGAAAGGCCUUCUGUGCUGGAGGGGACAUCAAAGCAAUCUCAGAAGCUAAAAAAACAAGGCAGAAUAUGUCUCAAGAUUUUUUCAGAGAAGAAUAUAUUCUGAACAAUGCCAUUGCAUCCUGUCAGAAACCGUAUGUUGCCCUUAUUGAUGGGAUCACAAUGGGUGGGGGAGUUGGUCUUUCAGUUCAUGGGCGAUUCCGAGUGGCUACUGAAAGGUCCCUCUUUGCAAUGCCAGAAACAGGAAUAGGGCUAUUUCCUGAUGUGGGCGGAGGUUAUUUCUUGCCAAGACUUCAAGGAAAGCUGGGUUACUUCCUUGCACUGACAGGGUUCAGAUUGAAAGGAAGAGAUGUACACAGAGCAGGAAUCGCCACACACUUUGUAGAUUCGGAGAAGUUACACAAGUUAGAAGAAGAGUUGUUGGCCUUGAAAUCACCCGCAGCAGAAGAUAUUGCAGGUGUCUUAGAAAGCUACCAUGCAGAGUCCAAGAUGGAUCAAGACAAAUCUGUCAUAUUUGAGGAACACAUGGACAAAAUAAACAGGUGUUUUUCAGCAAAUACUGUGGAACAGAUUAUUGAAAACUUACGGCAGGAUGGUUCACCUUUUGCCAUAGAACAAUUGAAGAUAAUUAGUAAAAUGUCUCCGGCAUCCCUGAAGAUCACACUGAGGCAGCUCAUGGAAGGCUCCUCAAAGACCUUGCAAGAGGUACUGACCAUGGAAUACCGGCUAAGUCAAGCAUGCAUGGAAGGUCAUGAUUUUCAUGAAGGCGUUAGAGCAGUUCUCGUUGACAAAGACCAGAAUCCAAAGUGGAAACCAGCCAAUUUAAAUGAAGUAACUGAUGAAGACUUGAAUAGUUAUUUUAAAUCCCUGGGGAGCAGUGACUUGAAAUUCUGAGGUGAUCAGGUACCUAAAGUUUACUUUGGAACAAGGGUCAGCACAUAUAACACAGAGGCCAGGUCUGGUAUCUUGUCUGUAUUCAUGCAGCCUGCAAGCAGGAAAUAGUUUUCUCACUUGUAAAUUAUUGGAAAUGAGAUGACAAGACUAACAUUUUAUGACACGAUGGUCACCUGAAGUUUAAACACCAGUGUUUAUGUUUCAUGAUACAAUAGUUAGCUCAAACACUAAUGUUUAUAGAACUUUACUACAGCAUAGCCAUACUUGUUAUCUGUGGCUGUUGGAAGUGGCCAUAAUGGUGCUUUAAAAGAAAAUGGCCCCCAUAGGGAGUAGCACUAUUAGAAGGUGUGGCCUUGUUGGAGGUGUGUCACUGUGGGGGUGGACUUUAAGGUCUCCUGUGCUCAUGCUAAGUUCAGUGACACAUCUGCUUAUGCUGCCUGGGAUCAAGAUGUGGAACUCUCAGCUUUUCCAGCACCAUGUCUGACAUGCUUCCCGCCAUGACGAUAAUGGACUAACCCUCUGAAAUGUGAGCCAGCCCCAAUAAAUGUUCUCCUUUAUAAGAGUUGUCAUGGUUACAGUGUCUUGUCACAGCAAUAGAAACCCUAAUACACCAUGACGUAUACUGUAUGACCUGCAAAGCCUUAAGUACCUACUGUGAUCUUCAGAAAUGGUUUGCUGGCCCCUGGUUCAGAAGAUGGGAAAUUCUCAAGACUCGAGAGAGUCUUAAGUUAUUAUCUCUCAUUAAAAUGGUGACUUUAGCUUCCAGUGGCAGUUCAUAUGUUGAUCAAAUUAUGUACAGAUUAUCAAAAAUAAAGAUACUGAAAUUUG